AUGGCUGUCAAAUUUGAUGGCGGCGUAAUCCUCGGUGCAGACUCUCGAACCACCACAGGGGCCUACAUUGCUAAUAGAAUUACCGAUAAAAUCACGCCCCUCGUCGAUUCGUCUAUCUAUGGCUGUCUCUCUGGAUCGGCUGCAGAUACCCAGGCGUUGGCAGACAUUGUCAACAUCGAGAGGAACGAGCCCAUGAGUGUGCAUGCAGCAGCAAACAUCUUCAAAAGCCUGUGCUAUGAAAACAAAGCCUCCUUGCAGGCCGGGAUAAUCGUGGCAGGCUGGGAUUCGGUGAGCAACGGGGCCGUGUACAACAUCCCGCUUGGCGGCUCCAUCCAUCGCCAGCCAUAUGCGAUUGGCGGGUCUGGCUCCACUUAUAUUUAUGGCUAUUGCGAUGCUGCAUAUCGUGCAGGCAUGACGCGCGAGCAAUGCGAGCAGUUUGUCACCCAUGGUAAGGCGACUUUGCUCAUCAUAGCCAUCGCAUUGGCCAUGGAGCGCGAUGGAUCCUCCGGAGGCGUCAUUCGGCUUGCCAUUGUAACGAAGGACGGUUGCGACAGGAAGGUCGUUGCGGGAGCCGAUAUUCCCCAGCAUUGGCGGGACUAG